GGAGAAUGAGUUUUGGAAGAAACGGCGCCUCGUAUCGGCACGCAGAAAGUUAUAACCUACGGCUACGCCCUCGAGUUCUAGAUAUCGUCCGGCGACUGCUACUGGGUACGUACGACGGGGGGACACGCAGUCGCAAAACGGACCUGACGGUAUCGCCAAUCUAGCUGGCCUUCUCAAUGUCGGAUGAUGAAGCCAAGAAAACAAGUGUCCAUGACACAACAUACUUGUUUUUCAUACAAAGGUAUCCUAAUCCUGAACCCUCAAAAUGUGUUGGAGACAGUGAAAGGAGUGGGGGACUGGUGUAGUGAGGGAGGUCAUUAUGGUAGAACAGGGGGGCUGGGCUACUGGUUGGCAGUGUCAGAGCAAAAGAGGCGAGAGAUCCAGCAGCAGUAUGGUGAUCCUGAGUGAGCAGAAGAUGAAGCUGAUAGAGUGCUGGAUGACACACGUCUUUGCCUCGUGGCAGUGGCUGAGUCGUGCAGUGGGGCGUGUGGGGCAGACCCAGCUAGCCUCUCUCAUCUCCUCCUAUGAUCAACCUCACAAAAGGAUACAUUAUACAUAUAAGGCCUUCAUCUGUUCUAAUGUACUGGGAGCUUUGGGAGUGUUAGAGAACUGGUGGGGCCGUGGUGGACUGGGGAGCUGGUUAUACAUCUCAGAGGAGAAGAGGAAGGAGAUCCAACGAGUAUACUCUGAUCCAGAGGAGCAGAAGAGACAACUAAUACUCUACUGGAUGUCCACAGAUCCUUUGGCCUCGUGGCGAAGACUCAUCACGCGACUAGACUCAAUGAAUAAGAGCCCCGUGGCUGACGCCAUUAGAGACUUUGCUGAGCUCUUGCCAACAGAUGCUUCACUCACUCCAUACAAUAUAUACCGAACCACCGCCUCUCUGAGCUUUUUGGUAUGAAGAGGUGUCUUUGUGUACCUGAUACAGUGUACCACCAAAUCAAAAGCAACCCCUCCUAUGGCAAGUAUAAGAAGAGAGAGGAAAUGAUUAUGUACUUUCUCAAAGCCAUACCACUGGCUUCUUGGGCAAAACUGGCUGGGGGGUUCUACAGGUUGGAAGAGCAUG